AUGGGAGUAAUAGAGGCGAAGGAAUGGGUGCCAGUGGAAGUAACCACACACAAUUUGUACUUCCAUGAAGAGGCGUCAGUGUUUACUAUGGACACAAACGGAAAAUUGAUAGCAACUGGAGGAGGUGAUAAUGAAAUAAGGCUAUGGAGAGUUGAAAAGAGCAAUAUGGAUGGAACAGAGUUUCGGUAUACAACAGCAUUGAACUCUUCAGUGAAGAUUGUGUAUGACUCUGUACUUUCUGGGCAUAAAAGAGGAGUGAAUUGUGUCAGAUUCAAUGGAGAUUUGUUGGCAUCGUGCUCUGAUGGAGGAGAGGUUAUUAUUUGGGUAAGCAAGGUGCCUCAUAUGAUAAAGAGGAUUGAUGGAGAUGAUGCAUAUGAAGCUGUGUGGGGACGAGAUCAUCUGUUUGUUGGAUUUUCAAGUGGACAUGUACUUGUUUACAAGGUGCGUCAUUAUGGAAUGCAUAAAGAUGUUAAUGCAAGCAUGAAUGACAGUAAUGUUAUAAAUGCAGUUGAAGAAUGCAUAGAUGUACAGAUGAUACAAAAGAUUCAGUGCCACAAUGAUGUUGUCCAGGGCCUUGCAUUCAACAAUUGCUUUGGAUUAUUAACAUCGUUAGGAAAGGAUAGAAUUGGGAAAACAUAUGUGUUUAGAGAUAAGCUUGUGGAGGUGGAGCAUAUGGAUGAGAUGAAUGGCGAGAAGAUGUUUUCUACAGGGAGAGGAUUUUUCAGAAGAUUGUCGUAUUCUCCAGAUGGCAAGCUUCUGUAUCUUGCGAGUUGCAGCUCAAACAGUGUUAUUGUGUUGCAUUAUCCAUUUAGAAUAGAGCAUGUGUAUGCAAGAAUAGGACCAUUGGAUUCUGAACCUUUGAGAAUUGUGUGUGAUGGAGAUAAGCUGUAUGUUGCAACAAGAAAAAGAUUGUAUAUGUUUGUGAAGCAGGAGCUUGUGUUGUGUGUAGACAACAUUUCUUUUAUGGCGAUAACUGAUGGCUGUGUUUUUGACGGGAUAUGCUUUCUCUCAUCGCUGGAUGGCUUUCUUUGUUCGUUACGUGUAAGGCAGUGA